AUGGAUCAGACAAAAGAAAAACUGCAUGACGAACACCGUACAAUGAGGUAUCUAAUACCUUUGUAUAAAAAUAAUAUAUUAUCAUAUCGAUUCGUUGACCUAUUUUUAUUAUAUUAUUAUUUAUAUUACGAUUUCUCUUCGCCAUGAUUGGACAUUAUUCACACCGAUAAACAAAGAUUAACGAUAUUUUUGUAUCGUGAUCUUUAAUAAUCGUACCAAUCGUGGUUUGAACUCGCAUAUAUUUAUGCAUUGUUUCAAUAUUUUAAACUAUCACUAUACAGUGUACAGUCACUAAACUAUUAAUAAUAUUAAUAUUAUAUUGUAUUUACUACAUACUUACUUACAUAAUGAGUGUGGCUUGUUGGCGUACAGACCAAAACUGAAAUAUUCGCUGUCGUAUUGCCCAUCGAUGUCCCGGUCGUUGGAUUUCACCGUCAAAGGUCCCGUGCCGAUUUACAUACACAAAAAACAAAAAGUGCUGACGGGAUGUUCGUAUAUAGAACUCAAAUUACAAAAACCGUCGAAGGUAAUGUACAGUAAGCGAAUAAGUAACACGAAUAAGCUACAUAAAAUAUAUAUGUAGACAGGAAGUCUAUGACUAUGUAAUAAUUAAUGGUGACCUAGAUUUCCUUUCAACAAGAUCACUAGUUCUCUAGUUCCUCGUGGUUAACUAGAUCUCUAUGAGUCAACUAGAUCCAGUGGCAUACCGAAGUUGACAAUUUUUUGAAUCCAAUCGGCAUUCAGUAGCAGAUUACCCAUGGGAGUUAAUGAGAUAUAUUAUCUCCCUGGGCCGGUGGGCUAGUCUUUCUUGGGCCAAUUUAGUAAAUAUAAAUAAAUAAUAAACAAUUGUUUAAUAUUAUGAUGGGUAUGAAUAUGUCACAAUCCCAAAUACAAUUUUCAACAAUAGAUAAUAAUUUAGGUCAUUUAAGUUAUUAAUUUUAAUUUUUAAAAAAAAUAGUCAAUUCAGAAUACUCGAAAAUAUAAAAUGCCUAUAAAUAUCUAGCUCAAAAAUCAACAGAAUGUUUUGAAAAUGUUUAACACAUGUAUAUAAAAAAGCUAAUAUUAAUAUUCUGUGAAAGUGUCUGGUCUUUACUUUUAUUUUUAACCGAAUUACGACACAGAGUAACAGAAAGAAAUAAAACACACACUAUAGAUCCUCGGUUAAUUAGAUCUCAGUGGUUAUCUAUAUUCCACUUUGGUUAACUCGAUCCCCACAAUAGGGCAAUUAGUUCUCUUGUCAACUAAAUCAACUCGGGUCAUCCAGAUCUAUGUGAACGGCCAUUUAGAUCCCUAAAAUCUAAAUCACACGGUUAGGAUCUAGAUAGCCAUGGGAAUAUAGGUGAAUAUUUUACACUUGUGAGUAUUGGGAUGGUAAGUGGUAUACUAAAUUCAAUUCAGUAUCAAAAAUUUAUCAAUCUGCAGCAAGCCAUUAGAUCUAGUUAACCACGAGAGAUCUAGGUCAUUUACAUUAUGGUUUUCCUGUCAACUAUAUAUUUUCCUUAUUGUUUAGAUUAUGGAAAUCUAGGGGGCCAUUCACAAAAAUCUAGAUGACCUAUGGAAAUCUAGUUAAUCACAAGGAGCAGUUGACUGGGGAUCUAGGUGACAUAUCAUUCUUUUCCAGGACCACUACAUUCCAUUGUACUUUGACUAAAAUCGGUAGAUAUUGUAAUAAUAUUAUAAUAGCUAUAGUUAUUGUUAAUAUUAUUACUAGAUGAUUACCUAAUCACAUUGAUUGUAGAUAACCUAUUAUCUGAUUACGUGAUAUGUGUGUAACAUUUCCAAAUCAUAAAAUGACAGGUUUGAGUUAUGUAUAAAUGAAAUAUUUGUGCGUACCUAUAUAAUGAAAUUGUACAUUUGUACUUAAUUACGUGAAAUAAAAAAAUUAACUGAUACAGCUUUCAACUAUUAGGUGUGCCUCUGUUAUAAGUGGAAAGUUGGGAAAGUAUAAAAUACUACGCAACGAUAAAUACUGAUAAAUGCUGAGCGAAAUUCGAUCAAACAUGUUUUAAAAUUCAGUAAUUUUUACGAUUUUCGUUGAAAUGUUAACUUCAAAUGUUUAUAAAAGAAAUAAAUGCUAUUACCUCUAUUACGUUAAAUUUUUUUUCUUUUGUUUUGACUACUAAGUACAACUUGUUAUGUUAAACCAGUCAAAUCAACACAGAGUUAAAUUUGUCAUUGGAGUAAAAAAAAAGUCAAUAGAAUUUACUGUGUUUACAGAAAACCUACUUAAAACAAUGUCCUGGUGGCAAAUUUUAAAACGGACCCCCAAUGAAGAAUGAAAAUCAGUAUAUUGAUGGUCGAUGGAGAUAGCUGAUGGUGUCUAAUAUCUAUUACAUAUUAUACAUAAUCAAUAAUCAUAAUGUCUCCACAAUAAUACAUUCUUCAUGUAUGAAGAAUUGAACGUUAUAUUAUAGGCAUAGGUAAAAUUAUUAUAUUGUGUUGUAGGUAGGCGAAAUAACGUUCAAAAACUAUUAUACCGCGAGCGUGAGUGUUUUGCUGCUGCGGUCAAACGCCCAAGGUCCGUCGAUGGGAUCGAGAAACUGGGAGGUAGGCGUCAAGAACCGGAUUUUGAUGAAACGGCCGCAUUACGAGAACGGCGCCCAAGAUUAUUUCUCGUUGUUUUCCACAGAGGUGCGAUACAGUGGUGCCUAAACUAAAUUUGUAUGGCGUAGCAGAAUUUGAAAUUCAAAACCACCAUCACCCAGUACCCACUUCAAAAACUUUUGUAUCUAAAUUUAACUACUUACUUAAAAACUUAAAAGUAGGUAUAACUUUUGAAUGUUUAUACCCAUUCUGCCCGAUUAUCCUAAAUCCCAGGAACAACCCACCCACCCAAAAUACAAUGUGUAGCCGAAGAAUUAAUUAAAAAAACAGUUUGGGCGCCACUAAUGCGAAUGUGCGAUACAUAUUAAAUAAAAUAUUAACAGUUAAUACCUAGAUAUAUAAUUUGAGAUCUGAUCGUUUUUUUGUUUAAUACCCAACGAUUACAGGCAAAAUGGUUUUAAUUUAUCCGUAUUGGACUGGACUAUACUAGACUGAACUUUCUAUAUAGCUAGUCUUUUUUUCCAUUCGAUGUAGAUACCAUUAUACGUACACAAUUAUUGAAUUAUACAUAAUGAAAACAGUUCAUACGCGUGUUGUGUAUUACCUAUAUGCAUUGGUAGGUACUUCUACAAAGGUAACAAACAAAAAUUGUGAAUAAAAAGUAAAAUCGUCUACUCGUACCAACUCGACUAUGGGAAUAGAUAAUUUAAAAGCUGGAUUCUAUAAGGAGCCAAUUUUUAAUCAAUACAUCAAGCUUUUCUUUGUAACUUGCCUGAUAUUUAUGCAUUUCGAUAUUAUAUGGUUCAUAUUUUUUUUGUAUUUUUAAGUCAAUGGAAGGGUCCUACAAAUUUCAUUUUUAAAAUUUAACUUGAUUUGGGUAUGAACAAUAAAUAGGUACUUGAAUUGCGAGUUAUAAAUGAUUCAGAUGGCACACCGUUACUUAUCAUAUUAUUAUUACACUCAGACUCGUACAACGAAACAAAGUUAUUUUUUUUUUAUAAUAAUUUUCUAUAACAAUAGUAAUGUAGGUGGGUACUUAAUAAUUAAGUUAUUGUUUACACAUUACCGUAUUACAGGCGUGGAACAAUGUUUCAAAAUUGAAAAUCAUUCUCAGACAACCGUCGCCCAUGUGCAAGACGUUUCAUCUGGAAGAAAUCAAACUUUACACAGACGUACCGCGAUUCACUAGGCCGCUGUUCGAAGUAAGUGCAUGGUCACAAGAAUUACAUUUUUUUCCACUUUUAGAUUCUGAGUGGAGCGAAGAAGCUUAUGGUUUUACAAAGAUAUUUACUUUUUUUUCCUGCGGACAACUUUUUUAUCAGAAAUCUUGCUCUAAUUUUUAAGUGGAUCACGUUUUCUAAAAGGAAAUCGAUGUGGGGAGGUACUUUAGGAUGGUCAUUUUUCGAUUUUCUCAGCGAAUGUGAAAAGCUGAAAAAAAAAUCGGAAAAAUGUAAGAAAUGUAGGUAUUGGUUAAAAAUAUUACGGCCUUUUUUUUUCUGUGAACAAAUUUUCUUUUAGCAAUUUUGCUCCGAUUUACAAUUGUAGCACUUUUCUUAAAGGAAAUCUAAUUGGAAAGGUACUUUAAGGAGGUCAUUUUUCGAUUUUCUCUUUUCCCAGCAAAUGUGAAAAAAUGGAAGAUUAAAAAAAUAUUUUUAAAGAUAAUAUGUAAUGCCUAUUUAAUUAUUUUACAAUAAUAUGACAUAUAUAUUGUUGAUAAAGCAUCAUUAUCAACUGAACUUCGUUCAGAAUCGUUUUUUCGUUAGCAUUGGUUUAUCAUUGAUUACAGGUGAACAUUAAAUUACUUAUAACAGUGGCUACACCCAACCCGAUUAUCUUAGGAUCGCUUUUUUAUUUCUGUUGACAGACGGCAGGCAUAUCUCAUGAUUUUAUAUUUUAUUACGUGUUUAUAUAAGGGUGAUCAAUCAUCAAUAAGGGAGUAAGACACUCGUCAUUAUCAAUUAUUUUUGAAUAAUUUAUAAAAUCAGUAGCUCUUAAAUGUUACAUUUAUGUUAUUUUUAAGAGCGAAAUAAAUAAACAUUAACCACUAUUAAUUUUCAAACAAUAACAUAUAUAUUAAAAAUUCCAUAAGUGGAUGAAGUUUUGGUUUAAAUUAUUAAUUUUUAUCAAACCGUUGACACAAUGUUACACUUUUAAGUUUUGGUAGGAGAAUAGUGGGGGAUUAUAUUAUGUUUGGCAGUGCAUUUGAGUACAACCUCUCUCCUAACUCUUAAACCUGCAAACUUAAAAGUGGAAUGUUUUAUCAAUGGUUUGACGGAAAUUAAAAAUUUCAUUUAAUUAAAAUUUUUAUUUAUUUAUGGAAUUUGUAAUAUAGGUUAAGUAUUUGAAAAUCAAAAGCUGAUAGUGGUUGACCCUCGAAAAAAACAGUGAUGUAACAAUUUAGAGUUGCUUGUUUCUUACAAGAUGUUCUAAAAAACUAAUUCCAAGAUAAUAGUGUCUAAUCAUAAAUUGAUUACCCUGUAUAUGUAUUACCUAUAUUGAUAGCAAAUUAAAAUUUUAAAUAAAAAAUGUACACAAUUUUGAACAAUGAGCUGUAUAAAUUAAUGUUAGUUUCUCAAUUUAUUGAGAUUCAGUUUCACAAAAUCCAUCCAUUUUCUCCCCAAAAAAAUUUGUAUUUUAUUAAAAUAUUCUUACACAUGACAAUGACAAAUCUGUUACCUACCUCAUCUCUAUCUAUACAUUGUCUACAUUUGAUAGUUGAAAACUUAAUAAUUCUGUAGCAUGAUGUUGAUAAUCAUUUAAUAUUAUGUACUAUUUAUUUUAUUUUAAUUGAUUAAAAUAAUUGUUAAUUCCUAAGCAAAAACUACCAGCUUACCUAAUUCAGAAUACCAUUGCGGCUAUUGCAUGGAAACCAAAUUCAAGAAUGAAUGAAACAUCAUCAUAUAGAACAGACAUGAAUAAGGUUGGCAAUAAAUUUAAAAAAGAAUUAUAAAUAAUAAUUAACUUAUGAUUUCUAUGUUGCUUUGUUUAAGACACAAUGUGGAUACGUUGUUGAACAAGUGCCAAACAAUUACGACAGUUCAAAAAUAAUGUAA